CCACUGGAUCUACCACUGAGAAUCGGGUCGAGGAUCACACAGUCCGUUUGGUGGAAUUAGCUUUGGGUGGUCUGUCCAAUUUGGUAGCCGCCUCAUCCUCUGCUCGGGCACGUAUUGCAACAGCUCAGGAACUUGCUUUUGUCGUCGCUUGUUUGGCCGCUCCUCAUCCGAAUAUUGUGGUCCACGCGCUGACCAUACUAAUUCACGAUUCUCAGGACUUAUUACGGGACGCACUCCGACAGAAACAGAGUUCGGAUGUGGCAUUCCAUUUGGACAAACCACCAUCCUUAUCUCCCAGUUCAUCUAUCACACCGGAUCGUGGUCAAUCGUCCGCUCCCCUUUCGGCCUAUUCUUUCUUUCAGGUUAAUGAUGGAUCAUGUGAUCCGCAUAAUAUUUUACCAGCUCCAAAAUCUCAACCCACUAUCACUGUCAUCAAUUCAACCCAAGAACGACAAGACUCCGCCGGAACCCCCCGCCCGUACUCCUCUCCACAUCAUUCAAAAUCUCCCAGUCCGGAAUCAUCAUACACCGAUGCUGGCCGAAUAACCGUGUCUCUGUCUCCUGCCGGAUCCACCAGUGCACUGGUCCCGUCACACUCGUCCUGGACUCAACCGGCUUUUCUGCCCAUUGUCGCCGGUCUGUCUAAGGCACGCUUGUCUGGAUUGGUUGUGUCCACUGCCAUGGUUGGCUGUGCACUAGCCGCAUCAACCACUCUGGCCACACCGGCGUUCCUCUUACACCCGUACAGCACUCUGCUCUGUUUGGCCAUGGGUACCGGACUAACCAGUGCCGCGGCGAAUACGAUCAAUCAGGUGAGGCCUCCAUCCUUGUCUCUCGUCAAGACUGUUUCGAAUCGAUUAUGGAUUUAUCAUAGUGAACGAUCUGAUGUUUACCGCAUUCGUAGAACUGUGGUCAUUCAUUCCGAGCCCCGAAGGAGAUCGUAA